UCAAACGUGCGAGCUCUUUCGCUGAACGUCGGCACUUGGUUUUUGGUCCUACCAGCGAGUGUCAGAACUGUGCCUGUUAUCAACCAACGUAUGUUUGGAUAUCUUUUCCCACUUCAGUAACACACCGUAGAGAUCCCCCACACAUCCUGAGACUAUUAGUGUGACCCUGAGCUGCAGAGGGACAGGAGGACAGUGCAGCACAAGGUGAGACAGAGGAAGUCCGGUCUGUAGUCUGGGGGGCUCAGUCAGAGGGGAGCGUAUGAGGAGUCAGAGAGCAGAGGAAAUCCCUGACCUGUCCUGAUAACACAUCGCCACACCGGCAACGCACCCGGAAACUCACCCGGCAACGCACCCGGAAACUCACCCGGCAACGCACCCGGGUCACAAAAGGAGACAAACAAGGAGCCCCCACUCCUCCUGCAGGCAUGAGGUCCUUCCGUUCGUUCGGUAAUGAUGACCGUCACGUCAUGGCCAAGCACUCCUCCGUCUACCCAUCAUCGUCUGAACUGGAGGCGGUCCAGACCCUGGUGUCCACCGUGGAGGGUGCCCUCAAGCACGUCUCUGAUUGGAUAGACCAGAGCAACGUUCAAUCAGUGCAGAGCAACAGCCAGACAGACGCAGCAGUCGGCCAGACAGACGGUCAGUCCGACGCAGCAGUCGGCCAGCCCAACCCCACAGACAGCCCGGUGCCAAAGGAUGGUAGCUGUGACCAUAACGAUAACCCUAACGACGACCCCAGUCUUAGUCCCAGAGCCAGCCCAGAUGACUCCACAGACUGCGGCAGCAGUGAGCCCAGUGGAGGUGUUCUGUGUGGCGUGAUGAGGAUUGGCCUGGUGGCUAAAGGUCUGCUCAUCAAACAGGACAUGGACCUGGAGCUGGUGCUGAUGUGUAGAGAGAAACCUACAGAGACACUGCUGUGUACUGUCUGUGAUAACCUGCCGCUGCAGAUACAGAAGCUAACAGAGGAGAAGUACGAGGUGCACCGAUGCGUGCCAGAGGCGGCCAUCUUGGUGUGUAGCACGACGGAGCCCAAACUCACCCUGAAGGUCACCCUCAGCUCUCCACAGAUGAGAGAAGACAGCGACACGGAUGAACAAAGUACCACGGAUGAACAAGUGGAGGGUGUUGAGCUGUCCGACCCUGCAGACAUGCUGGACAGGCACAGAUGUCUGUUGGCCCUGGCGGCUCUGCGACAUGCCAAAUGGUUCCAGGCCAGAGUAAACGGCUUGAAGUCAUGUGUCAUCAUCCUCAGGAUCCUGAGAGACAUGAGCAAUAGACUGCCAGCCUGGGAGCCACUCAAAGGAUGGCCCCUGGAGCUGAUUUGUGAGAAGGCCAUAGCCACGUGUAACCGGCCGCUGGGUGCAGGGGAAGCCCUACGUAGAGUCAUGGAGUGUCUCGCCUCGGGAAUCCUGCUUCCAGGAGGACCAGGGUUACACGACCCAUGUGAGAAGGAGCUGACCAACACCCUGACGGCCAUGACAGACGAGGAGGCUGAGGCCAUCACCUACAAUGCACAGCACUCCCUGAGACUGAUGGCGUUUGGUCAGAUCUACAAGGUGCUGGAGAUGGACCCUCUACCCUCUAGUAAACCCCAGAAGUACCCCUGGUCAGACAGGGAGGGCUCCGGGCUAAAGAGGCCUUAUGAGGACGGGCCCACGGACGACAAAGACCUCAUCAAGAAAAUGAAGAGGAACCUGAGGAAAGUCUUCGACAGCAAAGCAAUAGACACCAACCAACCAAUGAAUGCUCUGAUGCGUCUGAAUCAGAUACGUCCAGGUCUGCAGUACAAGCUGCUGUCCCAGUCCGGCCCGGUCCACGCUCCUGUCUUCACCAUGUCUGUAGACGUAGACAGCACUGUGCACGAAGCCUCAGGCUCCUCCAAGAAAACCGCCAAGCUGCAUGUUGCUGUGAAGGUCCUUCAGGCGAUGGGUUACCCUACAGGGUUUGAUACGGACCUGGACUGCAGUGCAGACGAGAAGUCAGACGGAGAGGGGAGAAGUGAAUCGUCCACACACAGCAAUAACACAACACACUCAGACAGCUCAAAUACACUGGAGGUCCGAACUCAGGGUCCUAUUCUGACGGCCAGCGGUAAAAACCCUGUCAUGGAGCUCAAUGAGAAACGCAGAGGUCUGAAGUACGAGCUCAUAUCAGAGAGCGGGGGCAGCCAUGACAAACGCUUCGCCAUGGAGGUGGAGGUGGAUGGUCAGAAGUUCCGGGGGGCGGGGCCUAAUAAGAAGGUAGCGAAGGCAUCCGCUGCAUUGGCUGCUCUGGAGAAACUGUUCUCUGGUCCCAACGCCACCGCUAUCAAGAAGAAGAAGAUCAUCCCUCAACACGCUAUGAAAGGUUCCCUAGCUGCAGCAGUGGCAGCCUCAGCAGUAGCAGCCCAGGUGGCCAGGGGGAGAGGUAGAGCAGCAGCCCUGACCAGUGGAGCCUUCAUUACCACAGCCGCUGCACCAGGAUACACACAGAUACCAGGCUUCGGGACUCCAUAUGGAUACAGUGCUGCAGCCGCCCCAGCCUAUGGUUUCUCCCCCAACAGAAUGCUUCUGUUGCCUGUUAUGAAAAUGCCCGCCUACCCCAUCCCCCACUACUCCUUCUUUUAGAACAGGGACCCCAAAACACCCCACUAGAAGGGAUUCUGAGUCUUUUUAUUUGUCCUACAUAUGGAGGGAGAAGUGAACAAAAGGACUUGAGCAGAAGAUGAUUUGUAAAAGAAGUGUAUUUUGCUGAUAAAGAUUUCUAAAAAAUUAAAUAAAAAUAAAACUUGAAGGAUUUGUACUGUGAAUUGUUACCUCAUUCUUUUGAAUCUAAAUUAUAUCAAUACUUUUUUGUUAUUCGUUGUUUCUGUUCUUAAGUAGGAAAGAUUUAGGCCUUGCAAUUUGACACAGAACACAUUCUCUGUAACCCUGAGCUGUGUGAAGGAUGCAUAGCAAUUAUAAUGGAACUAUUGUGGACAAAUAAAACCUUUACCGGUAUAUAUCCUACAA